AUGAUGAAAGAGGUACAUAGCGGUGUUUGUGGACCUCACAUGAAUGGACAUUUGUUAGCCAAGAAAAUCAUGAGAACUGGGUACUUUUGGCUUACCAUGGAGCGCGAUUGCAUAGAUUUUGUCCGGAGAUGUAUUAAAUGUCAAGUACAUGGCGAUGUUAUACGCGCUCCUCCCACCGAAUUGCAUAGCAUGAUUGCCUCAUGGCCCUGCUUAAUUUGGGGUAUGGACGUGAUCGGCACAAUUGACCUUCCUGCUUCAAAUGGACAUCGAUUUAUAUUGGUGGCAAUUAAGUACUUCACCAAAUGGGUCGAAGCGGAAUCAUUCAAGCAUGUGACAAAGAAAGUGGUGGCAAAUUUCUUAAGAGAUCACAUCAUAUGCCGAUUUGGGGUGCCAGAAACAUUGAUUAUAGACAAUGCCAAGAAUCUCAACAAUGACAUGGUGGAUAGGUUGUGCGAACAGUUCAAAAUCAGAUAUCGUAACUCUGCCAUCUAUAGACCGCAGAUGAACGGAGCCGUGGAGGCCGCAAACAAGAAUUUGAAGAAGAUCAUUUGCAAGAUGACUGAAAAGCAUCGUGACUGGCAUGAAAAACUUCCUUAUGCACUAAUGGCAUAUCGGACUUCUAUCCAAACAUCAAUUGGGGCAACCCCUACUCGCUCAUGUAUGGAAUGGAAGCUGUGCUACCUGCCGAGGUCGAAAUCCCUUCAUUGCGUAUUUUAA